AUGACCAUAAUAAUGCUAUUACUAAUGUCAUUACUGUUACCAUUACUAAUACUAAUAUUGCUACGACACAAUUAUUACUACUACUGCUACAACAACAACUAUUACUACUAUUGCUACAACAACAACUAUUACUACUAUUGCUACAACAACAACUAUUACUACUAUUGCUACAACAACAACUAUUACUACUAUUGCUACAACAACAACUAUUACUACUAUUGCUACAACAACAACAACUAUUACUACUAUUGCUACAACAACAACUAUUACUACUACUAUUACUACUAUUGCUACAACAACAACUAUUACUAUUGCUACAACAACAACUAUUACUACUAUUUGCUACAACAACAACUAUUACUACUAUUGCUACAACAACAACUAUUACUACUAUUGCUACAACAACAACUACUUACUACUAUUGCUACAACAACAACUAUUACUACUAUUGCUACAACAACAACUAUUACUACUAUUGCUACAACAACAACUAUUACUACUAUUGCUACAACAACAACUAUUACUACUAUUGCUACAACAACAACUAUUACUACUACUGAUACAACAACAACUAUUACUACUAUUGCUACAACAACAACUAUUACUACUACUGCUACAACAACAACUAUUACUACUACUGAUACAACAACAACUAUUACUACUAUUGCUACAACAACAACUAUUACUACUACUACUGAAACAACGAUACAACAGUAA